AUGAAACCAGAUAACAAGAAGAAAGAAAAGAAACAAAAAGUAAAGAAGAAACCUAUAUUAAAGAAUAAGAAAGAACAUGUAGUUGUAGUAGCCCAAGAAUUUAAAUUUGCGAGAUUACUUUCUGGCAAUGAGAAAAAAACGCGCGAUCGUGUAUUAAAAGCUUUGAAAAAGUGGCUCUUAAAUUGUUUUGAGAAAGGAUAUGAAUUUAAGGAAGACGACUUUACCCGUGUUUGGAAAGGCUUGUUUUAUGCUAUGUGGAUGUCUGACAAACCUUUGAUACAGGAAGAAUUAUGUGAAAACAUAGCAGGGAUUUUGGACAUAUUUCCCCUGGAACAGAUCAAGAAUGCUGUUCUUAUGACCAAAGCUGGGCUCAAAGUCUUAGCCACAGAAUGGUAUGGAAUUGAUCAACAUAGGAUGGAUAAGUUUAUGAUGUUGGUGCGCCGCUACUUACGCGGCGGCUUGCGGUGUCUGUUACGCUGCAACUGGAGCCUGGAGAGCUGCAAAAUUUACACUAAAAUGUUGACAGCAAGUGAUGGCAUAUUGGCACUCAAAACACCAUCAUACGCUCGCAACGCGAUGUCCUUGAUACUUCAUUUCAUUGACUGUUUCCUUGAAGAGUUAGCUAAGGUAUCUCAAGGUAAAAUCCCUGAUGAGAGUAUAGUCUGUCUUUUGCAUCCGUUCUGCGCUCUGGUAUGCGGGGGCGAAGCCUUAACCCUAUGUGUAGCUGCACGUAGGCUCCUCACCGCGUUAUUGCGUCAAAGUGAACUUGGAUUGCAGUAUUCCGACGCUGAGCGCGCUUGGCAGAGGAUGGGCUGCCCACCUGGAGGUCCAGAGGCGUUGGAAUUAGAAAUUGAGGAAGGUGACGACCAAAAUGAAAUUGAAGAUGGCGAUUCUGAAACUGUUACAGCAUUAGACCCUCGAGCGGGUCGAGUGGACGUAGUGUUGCCAUUACUGCCAGUGCCAGCCGCCCUGUUGGCGGAAGACAUGCGUCAGCUCAUGGAAAGCACUUCUUGUGCUUCGAGAGCUUACAAACGGGCCAAGAUCUGUCUCGAACGUUUUGAACAACUCAGCAAGAAUGUCUACCCAUUACGUGUUAAGGACACGGACUUCUUAGCAGAGUCCGGUGAACUGAUGCCACAGCCCGAGCAGGCCGCACGGCGGCUAAGGGCACUAGAAAAACGACUUGUUAACUCUUCUGAUGAACUGGCAUUGAGAGGUCUGAAUAGGAAACACCGUAAACGUCUUUUAGCAAAAAGCCGCGCCGGUCUCAGCAUUGUGGAAGAUGUCGUCAAGCCGACUGCAGAAGUGCCGGCGGAAACCGUUAAUGAAGAUUGGCAUAUAGAAGAAGCGACAACUGACAACAAGCAAAAGAAAAUUAAAGGGGACACUUCCAACAAGGAAAACCAAGGUACAAAUAAAAAGAAGCCAAAUAAAAAACGGAAACUUGUAGAAAAUACAAAUAGUGUCCAUAAAACGAAAAAAGCAAAAAUUGAGAAAAAUCAACAUAUUCAAGAACCUAGAACACGACAAGGAAUUAGCGCGGUAAAUGUUACUGCUAAGAAAAAGGAAAAUAGUAAAAUAAAUAAUAAAAAAGUUGCAAAAAAGAAUGUAGCAAACAAAAAAGACAAGAGCAAAGAUAGUAAUAAAACACCAACUCCACCCAAAAAGAAAGAUGCGCUGAUAAAUAAUGACAAUAAUGAAAAAGUAACAAAUACUAAAGAAAAAGAAAAUCUUGAAUCAAAAGCAAAAAAGGUGAAACCGUCGGCGAAAAAUAUAAAAACGAGUACCUUAGUUGUUAGCAAAAUAAAAAAUCAUAAAAAUAAUGCUUCAACCAAAAAACCUAAUACAAUUACUAAGCCUAAAUUGUCAUUGGAUACUCCGAAGAAGGUGAAGUUUGUACUAAAAAAUAAUGGUGCCCAAGCGCCGAUAGACUAUUACAAGAGCGUUAAACAGAGCCCUAAUAUUCCGUUUGACAGUAGCAAACAGCCCUCUAAAACAAAUCUGAAGCCAUCUAUGCCAUCUCCAAUAAAUCCUUUCUUUAAAAAGAAGCUAAGACUAAAAAAUUAUAAGUAG